AAAUCGAUUCAACAAUCAGUCUCUCUCCGUCUCUUUCUCUCCCUAAGCCAUGGAUGUUCCAAAGGUGUCAAGACUCUGGCUACUCUAUGCAGUGUUGCUCUUUGAUAGUCAGAGACAUUCAGUAAAUGCGCAGGCUGGUGGUGUCAUCGGGGGUGCAGGGAUAUUGGUACAGAGAGCCGCGUUCUGUUUCAACAAUAACCUGCUCUACAGAGGGUGCAAUGAGGCGUUCAGACUAAACCAAAGAGGUGAAUUCAAGGUUCCACCUGAGGAAACAGACAGGUUCUGCAACGGUCCUUGUUCUGCAGAAACAGAACUCGUGCUUACAUGCAUUAAUAGCGUCAUGUCUGAUUUCGUAUUUUACAACCGGGCUACCCCGAGAGAUGUAAGAAACGCCCUCCGUGGUGGCUGCAGCUCCUCUUUCACAAGAGGGAACUUCAAUGUGGGAGACUAUGCUCAAGGACUCUAUUUCGGCAAGGCCGGGAAGAAGCUGCCUGGAUUGUUCGUUGGACUAGUUGUCGGGUUUGUACCAUUGAUCCUGUGAAUCUAGUUUUGCAAACCAUACACGAUUAUGUAAAUGAGAUUCCCCCCUCAUUAAGAUUUCUUUUUUU